AUGAUAUAUGGUAUUAAAAACACUAUACUACAGAGGAUGAUAAAUCGACUGAAAGUUCGGAUUCAAAUCCGGAAAUGUCAAUAUCAUGACCUUCAAAUGAAUAAGAAUAUUAAAUUUAACAGCAAUAUCCCUUUGCGUGUGCCACACUCUACUAAAGAGCAACCGUUGAUACGGCAAUAUCUCAUGUCACCGGGGAAUCUUUUAUUCUUGGGGACAAAUGUGAUUACAUUGGCUGGUAUAUUAUGUUUAGAAAAACUUUGGUUAAAUAAAAUGAAGAAUGGUGAAAGUGAAAAGAGUUUGGAUCUUCUAGAGGAUGAAAUAAAGGAAGAGGAGCACCAUAAACCUGUUGUUUUGGAAGAUUCAAAAUUGAUGGGUCCCAAACAUAUGAUUCUUAAUAACUCCCUAGAUCAUCUUUUCUAUACGUAUGGACUUUAUCAAGAAGCAUGCUUAAGGAGGAAUAAUCAAGAUGGUAAAGAAGUGAGUACUGAUGUACAAACUUUCUAUAAUGAGUGGUAUCGUGAGUUUUCUCAUGAUUUAGCAAAUUCUCCAGAAACUAUGAACCAAGCGCGUCAUGCAUUACCCCGGAUUAUUACUUUAAACGAUGUGAGCCAAUUAUACGACAAAUAUGUAGAUUCACGAGAUUACCAAGAAUUAAUCCGAUAUUGGUUAUAUGAUUAUUGUAAAUACUUAAAAAUAACCAAACAUGUACAAAGAAACCCUAUAGGCGAAAAGUUUUAUAGAAGGAUGAUCCAAGAUUGUAGUCAUACCACAAAUCAUCGACAGUUUAACAAGUAUAUCUUGAUCAUGAUGAAUCCUAACGAUCGAUUAAGACAAAAUGUUUUUUUCAAUGAUAAUAAUAAAUCAUUGAAAGUGUUUACCAAGACUUUAAGUUUCAAUACAGUUUCUUUAGACACUUAUUGUUUUGUAUUGAAACAAUUAAGUUCGGAAACCCCGUCCAAAAAAAGAGAUUUGAAAAUUGGCUAUUUGAUUCGUCUAUUAAGAAACAAUUGUAUACAAAUGAAGAAACAAUCAGAAUCACAAUCACAAUCCCAGUUCCAAUCACAGGUUCGAAUCCUGUUGCCGCCACCCGCUUACUCGUUUGGCAGUCGAGCCUUACAAAAGGAAUUAUCACGCGGAAAUAAAGACUCUUUGCGUGCGUUACAAGCCGAUGAACAGCUUCUGCGGCUUCUUCAGUCCCUGUCCAGUCGCCCUGCCAGCCCGUCUGUGGCACCAGAAAUUGCCCCAGAAAUGGCUUCUGAAAUGACACCAGAAAUAGUCUCCGCACCUCGCGUAAAAGACCCCGCAACAUCCGUCGAUCUCGAUCACGUGGCCGUAGUUUCCAACGUCGGCGGCUAA